GCAGGAAAAAAAGAGGCUAUUUAAAUUUCUUUUGCUAUCCCCACCCGGUUCUGUUUUAUCCUAUUCCGGUUUUUCUCUAUCCUGGAAUUACAACAGUUCUGCACAAUCAGCGAGAAUGGGUUCUGAUUCAAUGCUGAACGCUCCCGUUCGUUCCCUCUCCAAAGAUUUGGGCAAGAAAAAGAGGGCGAAUAGAUUGGCGAAAUUGAAGCAAUGCAAGCUCGAUGUUCGACGCGAACAGUGGCUUUCACUAGUUGAGAACAAAGGAUGCAAGGAUGAUUCUAACUUGAGGGUUGGGUCUCCUCCAUUAUCUAUGCAAAUAGCCAGUGAAGAAAACAAAUCAUUGGACAGCUUUGAAUCAAGGUCAAGAGGGAUAGAGAGUGAGGGCCUGAGCAUUGAUAAGAGAAAUUUAGAGCCCUUGGUGAAAAGCCCAACUAGCACUUUGGAUAAUAAUGAUUUGAGGAAAGGUCUAAGUAUGAGCAAUAGUAUUACCAGCAGUGAUAGUUGUUCUGGAAGUGUCAACAAGGAAGAAGAAGAUGGGUGCUUGGAUGACUGGGAGGCUGUUGCUGAUGCUUUAAAUGCAGAUGACAAUCAGGAUAGCCCAGUCUUAAACUCCACUUCCAAAUUGGACACCAAUGUUGUAUCAGCUGAUCGUGAACAGGGUAAUAAGAAUUCAGGAUUGAACUUACCAAAGCUAGAGAGCGGGGGAGUAGUUAUUGGGUCAUGUAUGAAUCCUCAAGCAUGGAUGCCUAAUGAUGCUUUUCGUCCUCAGAAUCUUCCCAGUCUCUCACAUCAGUUUUUUUCAGCAAGGUCUGAUUGGCAUUGUGGACACAGAGCCAUCACUUGGGCAUGGAAAAAUAUUAUGUCUCAGCCUUCUUCUUGCCCUAUCUGCUGUGAGGAUUUGGAUAUCACAGAUUCAAGCUUUCUCCCUUGUUCAUGUGGGUUUCGGCUUUGCCUUUUUUGUCACAAAAGGAUUCUUGAGGCAGAUGGCCGAUGUCCAGGGUGCAGGAAGCAAUAUGAUCUAAAAAAUAGGGACAUGGGCUUUAAUGGAGGGACCUCACCUUUCAAAGUAGCUUAUUCUUGUAGCAUGAGUACUAGAUUUUAGGAAGAGAGUUACUUUUUCCUCUAAAUAUAAUGUAUAUGGGUCUCUGUCUUUUGCUCCGCCUUUGCUUCAUGUGUCAACUCUGUUCUCUCAAUUCUAGAACUCUGGUAUCCAUUGACAAAGAUCUGAAUAUGGAUAGAUAUAGAGCUUGGAAGCGUUUAUAAUCUGAACUGGACCUUUGAUGAGUUCACCUAUUUACUUGUAUGUUGCUUUGCAUAUGUUGGUGUCAAAAUUUGAUAUCUUGUUAAUUAUGGUCUCCUCAUGUUUGUUCUAUUGUGACGUUGAUGUUUUUGGAAUUGGAAAUAAAAUU